UCUUCGUUGUUAAUCUUUAAUACUACAUGGAGUCCUUGGCAGUAAUUUUAGAGUGAGUUGGGUACCGACUAUUUAGCUCAAGUUAAACUGUAUGCGAAGGUUCAGAAUGGGAUGAUGGUUAUAGCUAAAGAAGGACAAUGGGUUGAUGACAAAAAUGGGAUUUGGGUGGAAACAUAUAUCGCAUCAGUAGAGCUGCCAUUUAUUAAGGGGAUUUCAGACUUGAAUUCAUCUAGUAGGACAAAGACACAUGAAGCCUUUACGAAAGUGAAACCCAGUUGAUGGAGUGGAAUUGAAAUUUUUUGUUUUGGUAAGGCCUCAAACAUGGAAAUCAGGCAUUUCCAACAACUUUGACAGAAUUUAUUCUGGCUUUCUCUUGAAAUAUUUCUUCCAAGGUGAUUUCUUGCCUAAAACAUGUGUUGUUAGAAGGUAAUUUAUCAAGUAUAAAGCGUGGAGAAGGCUUCCCAUCAAUAAGAGAGGGGCAUUAAGGACCAUUCUGGGAAUUCUGAGCAUUCUGGGCACUUGCACCAUCCCUUUUCAACCAUAUGUCAGUACUUUCUCUCAACACAACCAUUCUGGGCACUUGCAUGAGGAUCAGAGUGCUGAAAGUGCAUGCCACUGUUUUAAAGAAAAAAUGGAAAGUUGCUGUGGCUUAUGAUGUUCGAUUCUGUAGAUUGCAAUUUGGUAGAUCCUCCACUGUGAUUAAUUCCAAAUCUCUGGAAUUCAAGGGAAGAACUCAUAUSUUAUCAAAUAGGCAUUUUGCCUAUAAAGUGAACCAAAAGUCUUUUGAGUGUUUGUCAAAUCAGUGCCAAAGCAGCCAUUUGAAUGUGAAGGCAACUUCUGAACAGUGUCUAGACCUUGAAACUUUUCCACAGGAAUCGCAGGAUGGGGAUGCUUUUCUCACUUCUCCCAAUGGCAGUGACUUUGAUACCUGGAAACCUAGAUCUCAAAAGUUCAUGAACAGAUUUUUGAAUCUUGUACGUCUCCGUUCUGUCCUCAACAAUGCUGCUGAAUCAUUUUUUAAAAGUGAAAUACGACGAAGAUUAUUYGUGACAGCUGUACUAAUUGUAAUAAGUCGUGUUGGAUACUUCAUUCCUCUUCCUGGGUUUGAUAGGAGGUUAAUACCACAAGAUUACUUGAGCUUUGUUUCUGGAUCUGUUGAUGAACUUGGUGACUUUACUACAGAGAUGAAAAUGUCCUUUUUCCAGCUAGGUAUCAGUCCUCAGAUUAUAGCAUCAAUCAUCAUGCAGGUACUCUGUCACAUUGUACCCUCUUUGGUAAAGCUAAGAAAAGAAGGCUUGGAUGGUCACGAGAAGAUUAAAAGUUAUAUAUGGUGGAUGUCACUUGGCUUUGCAAUUUUGGAGGCUUUAAUACUAUCUUGUUACUCACUUCCAUACUCGAUCUAUGCAGCAAAUCACAGAGUUAAGCAUGUCAUGGUGACUAGUCUAUUAUUGGUUUGUGGUGCUAUGACAAUGACAUGGAUUUGUGACACAAUCUCAGAAUCUGGAUUCGGGCAWGGUUCUUCUCUAAUUAUAUGCGUUGGAAUACUGACGGGCUAUACAGAGACAUUGUACAAAAUGUUGUCUCAGCUAUCAGGACGUGCUGUGAUUUGGUUGCCUUACGUACUUACCUUAUUGGGCAUCUUUACCAUAGUUACGAUGUGGGCGGUUGUUGUAACUGAAGGUUGCAGGAAAAUUAAGUUGCAGUAUUAUGGGUUUAAACUUGCUUCAGCUGCAAGAGAUGACUCACCAAUCACUGAAGUAGAGCCUUAUAUCCCCUUUAAUAUCAACCCCGCCGGGAUGCAACCAAUUCUCACGACCACUUAUCUCUUGGCGUCUCCCAGUAUCCUUGCUAGCCUCCUAAAUUCAACAUUCUGGGAGCAUGUAAAGGAGAUACUGAACCCUGAAAGUUCUAUUGGUGCAGAGCCUUGGGUUUAUUACUCAAUAUACGCGGUUUUUGUAUUCUUAUUCAAUAUAUUUGACAUUGCCAACUUGCCAAAAGAGAUAUCAGACUAUUUAAAUAAGAUGGGAGCAAGGAUACCAAACAUUAAACCUGGGAAAGCUACUAUCGAGUACCUCACAAAAAUUCAAGCAUCAACACGCUUUUGGGGGGGGCUAUUGUUAAGUAUUUUGGCAACAACAUCAUCUGUUCUUGACCAUUACUUACGCAGUAUUAAUGCUGGGUUUGCAAUUGGUUUUACAUCAGUUCUGAUUAUUGUGGGUUCCAUUAUUGAACUCAGAAGAUCUUACCAAGCAUAUAACGUAAUGCCAAGUUUAAGCAAUGCUUUGAGGCGUUAUGGUGUAUGACACAAUGUCAAGUUCAAAUGAUACUCCAAGAGCUUAUGUAUUUGAGCUUCCAAAGGAUCCAACAACCUCCUUCAACCAGAAUUGUCUGCUUCCUCCUGGCUCAAACCUGAACUUGAAUAAUGUUUCAGAGUGUCAGAAUCGUGUGCAUCCAUCACCACUAAAUGCAAAUAUCCACAAAUUUUUUGUCCUCCAGACUUGAAACACCUAGCGGACAAGGGCACMCACAAGUAUUGGAAUAACAAAGAUACYAAAUGCCAGUGUGUUGCUAUGCUACAAGAUCUCACAAUCUUGAGUCUAAUUUUGAUUGUACUCUCCCAAUUUUGUAUAAAAAUAGCGUGUUGUACGAGAAYGAACAUAUUUAUUAAAUUUAUGACAAUUUACGACCACUAGAUUUAUUAAGCACCAUUUUAGAUCUUAACGGCAGUCUUAUAAUUGUAUGAAAGAGACAUUAUUUUGGUGAUUCUACCGAUCAACCCUCACCGUGAAAAAUAUAUUAUACGCAUGUAGAGUGUAGAUGUAUCAAA